AUGCAGUCAGAAUGGAGCCCCCCGGGGGGGGAGCGCGGCAGCCCGGGGGUCCAGGUGGGCUCCAGCGCCCUACCCCCCGGGCCCGAGGUCGAGCCCCGGCUGGUGAGGAGACGCCUGUCUCAGGCCCGGCACCGGGCGACGCUGACCGGUCUCAUCAAUAGCCUUAGGAGGAUGCUGUACGUUCAGCCCAACAACACCGCCACCAAGUUGCAAGUUCUACGGAAGGCAAAGCACCAUAUCCAGGAGCUGGAACAUACCUUGGAAAACUUGCUGAAGCUGAAAGAUUCCCUCCACCUGGAGGAUGGGAACGUGUCCAGCCUGGAGGAGGUCAAGAAGGAUUUUGUCAGGAUGUACUCCAGUCCACACCACAGGACCACUCCGGACCCGAGGGGAGAUCGCGACCCGGACCCGUGGCACCCGAUCCAGGGUUUAGACAGAGAAAUCGCAGGAGAGGACGAGGCGAAGCCGGAGGGCGGGGAGUUCCCCGACUCUUCCACCGCUCAGUUGGUGGAAUUCGAGCGGUACCUUUAUUUCUGCAAGCAUAUGGCGGACCUCCUGGUGGAGCAAGGCGUGGUCUCCCUGGAGGAGGUGAACCUCUCGGUGGUCUCUUCGGCCAUCUCGCGACUGUGGCAGGAGCUACCCGAGGAGAAGCGCCGUGAGGUGCUGCAGGAGUACGGCCAGGGCCAGAGCCAGGGCCCGAGUCAGAGCAGCCUCGCCAUUGGCACGGGGAUGCCCCCCCAAGAGCCGGGCUUCGCCGAGGGCUGCCCGCCGGGCAGCGUGGUGGACAGCGGGGCGGCCGGCGGCUCUCUGGACUCCACCCCGGGAGAGAUCCCUUUGGAAGGCGUGGAGAGCGAGGCCGGCAGCUUCCCCGAAGAGAGGGACCCUCCGGGAGCCCGCGACCCAGGUUCAGGGUCUGCAGGCCGCAACUCGGAAAACCCGGAGGAAAACCGCCAGCUCUAUAUGCAGAUCAUCAGUUUCCUAAAAGGCCACUUCUUUGGCCGUUCCCAGCUCCAGCAGGAAGCAGCCGGUCCCUUCGACUACGGGACCGCGAAGCUCAGGUGCCUGGAAACCUUUGAGGACGAAGAUCCGUGAGGCGGCGGAGGAGACAGCGUCUGGCUGAGGGGGCUGUCCGGGCUUCCACCCACCCAGGCCAGGCCGCCGAGGCGAGCUGACUCCCCGCGGGCAGAUUCCGCUGGGGCUCUGGGUUCAAGUUCUUAUAAAGAGUUGG